UAUCCAGAGCUCAUCCAAACCACAUCAGCCCAGGGGAAGCUACAGAGAAAAUUUCCAGUUUCUUGCAAAAAAAAAAAAAGUAAAAAGAAGAAAUCGUCAUGGAAUCCAUUUGGAUGCUGAUCUGUGUACUGGUGGAUCUUCUGUUCCAAGUAUAUGCGGUCAACUGCUCCAUGAAAAGUAGGAGUAAGAGCACCGAGGUAUUACUCUACUGUGGAGCCAACGGGUGCUGUGCCAAGGGCUGCAUGAGGAACGCAAAGGGAAAGUGCGUCAUGGAGGAGUGCACCGGCAGCCUGACUGGAUGGCUGCGCCGGCCCGUGACCAUAUCCUGCUACUUCCACUGGUUCCUGAUCCUGUCCGCCGGCCUGUUCACCGCCAUAAUGGCAGUGCUCGUACUCUACUCGCUGGGGCUUAAGGUGCGAAAUUGCUGGCGCCAACGAUUCAGCACCCGUUACAGGCCCAUCAGGAACGUCAGUGGCGUCUCCAGCGCCUCCACUCCGUGCUAAGCACACAUGCGUGCC